GCAUGCGCAAGAUACUUUCCCUGCGGCUGGGAACAAGGUGGUGUACGGUUUGGCUUUCUGAAUAGUUCACAGCGAUAUAUCCACUUAGUUUCGAUCUGUAACAACUUCAUCAAACAGGAUGCCUUACAAACAGUGGUACGAAGAUCUUGGGGAGAUCAAGCGUCGGUGCAGGGAAAGAGGCACUCUUUUUGAAGAUCCAGAGUUUCCUGCGAUCGAUAGCAAAGUCUUCAAGAAACGAGUGUUGCCUGGUGGUCAGUCGUUCGAAUGGCUUCGACCUCAGGAACUGUUGGACGCCCAAGGAUCAAGCGAAAAGGCAGAAUUUGUGGUGGGCGGAGCAUCCCGUCUUGAUAUCAAUCAAGGUAUGCUGGGAGAUUGUUGGUUGUUGGCAGCCAUUGCCUCCUUAACAGGAGAGGAAAAAUUGAUGAACAAGGUCAUUCGAUUGGACAAAUAUGACAAGUUUGGUAGCCCUGGCUACUGUGGUGCUUUUCAGUUCAAUAUUUGGCAAGAUGGCCAUUGGGAGGAGGUUAUCAUUGAUGACCGUCUGCCAACUUACAGGAAGAAACUGGUGUUUAUGCACUCCAAGGAGAAGAACGAGUUUUGGUGUGCCUUGUUAGAGAAAGCAUAUGCCAAGCUUCAAGGUUCAUAUGAAGCUCUCAAGGGAGGUCAAACAAUUGAAGCUAUGGAAGACUUCACUGGUGGUCUGGGAGAGGACUUUGAUUUUAAGAAAAUUAAGAGUGAGGCUGAGAGGGAAGAAAUAUGGAAAGUCAUUGAAAAGGGCUUAAGACGCGGUGAUCUCAUGGGCUGCUCAAUCACUGCUGCACCCAAUCAGAUAGAAGCUAAAGGUGAAAUGGGAUUGGUCAAAGGUCAUGCGUAUUCCGUGACUAAAGCAACCACUGUCAAUUACCAUGGUCGAGAUGUGAGGUUGGUCCGUGUGAGGAAUCCCUGGGGUAAUGAGAGAGAAUGGGAAGGAGAUUGGGGCGAUAAAUCCAGCCAGUGGAAGGGGCUGUCUGAAUCAGAAAAAAGGCAAAUGAAUCUGAAUUUUGCAGAUGAUGGUGAAUUUUGGAUGUCUUUUGAUGAUUUCACCAGAUAUUUUCACAAACUAGAAAUUUGCCACUUGGGCCCAGACAGUGCUAAAAGUACUGGUGACCAUGGUUGGGAAGGAAGGGUCGAGAAAGGUUCAUGGAUUCGGGGAUCCUCUGCUGGUGGCUGUCGCAACUUUCUCAAUACAUUUGCCCUAAAUCCUCAGUUCAGGGUUGAUCUGGAAGACACUGAUGAUGAUGCUGAUGAUAAAUGCUCCUUGACGGUGGCACUUAUGCAGACCAAACGUCGUAAAUUGAAGGCAGAGGAAGGAAAGCCCAUGUUGACUAUUGGCUUCUCAAUUUACAAGAUCACAGACGAUGAUUUGAAAGGUGGGAGGGCCGAUCGAGACUUUUUUGCUUACCAUGCCUCCACUGCCCGGUCUCCAGUAUUUAUCAACAGCCGUGAAGUUACCGGACGGUACACACUUGAUCCUGGCUCCUAUCUUGUUAUUCCAACCACGUUUGAGCCUGGCCACAAUGGUGACUUCAUUGUACGAAUCUACUCCGAAAAACCUGUCAAGACAGGGCAAGUUGAUGUGAAGACAACUAUUCAGUCCAGGGAUGAACGCAAAGCUAGCUAUAGAUCCAACCGAACUUCUGAAGAGGAUGAAGCAGCGGAUGCCUCAUUUAAGGCGCUGUUCCAGAAGCUGGCUGGAGAGGACAGAGAGAUUGACGCGUUUGAGCUGCAACAGAUUCUUACAACAGCAACAAAGAAGGUUAUGUUUGGCAGGGAAUUCAGUAUAGAAGCAUGCAGGAGUAUUAUUGAUUUUAAGGAUGAAGACAAGACUGGAAAGCUGGGCUAUGACGAAUUCAAGGAAGUAUGGGCACUGAUUAAAUCUCUGUUGACAGUCUUCACUCAAUUCGACGCAGACGGCAGUGGUUCCAUGGACAUGUGCGAGCUGCGAUUAGCCCUUUUCAAGCAAGGUAUCAGUCUUAGCCAAGCCACGUUGAACGCCAUCUCUGCCCGCUUUAACAACAAGAAGGGAACCUUGUGUUUUGAUGACUUCAUACAGAUUGUCUCCCGUAUUUACUCAAUUAAAGAUGACUUUGACAAACAUGCAGACCGUACGGGCAAAGCCACCUUUACCGUUGAUGAGUUCCUACGUACCUGCCUCACCAUGUAAUCUGAUCAAGACUAAAUAACUGCUUGUUUAUGACCGCUGUUAUUACUUGCUAGUUUUGCUGAAAGAGUAUUGCACUGGAGGCAGUCGAAAGCGUGGAUUACCUCAAAUGAGAAAACAGUUAGCUUAGUUAGGAACCUUCAUGUCUUUGUCAUUUAUCUAUAACCUACAUUUUGUAAGCUUAGUCAGUACUUAACAGAUUUGUCACGCAACGACAUUAAUUUCAUAGUGUGACAAAUUCCCAGAGUGACCAUUACGCAAACUUAUUUCCGGGGGUGUGUUUCGAGUAUUUUAAACUAUCCAAAAUGUAAGGUAAGCGUCAAUGAAUUUGAUAAUUUAACCAUAAAAGUAAAGCUAGUUUAAGAGGGUCAGGGAAAAGCAGAGAUAUGCCAGUGAGUGGUAUGUGCCAAUUAACUGUUAGCACCAAGGUGUGAGAGAAAGAUUCAUCGCCUUCUUUUUUCUUAAUCUUUUAAUUAAACUAGUCGAGUUUGUAACCAUUAAACAAGGUUAAAAAAGAAAAGCAUGGGUAAUAAAGGUCUUAAACCACAA